AGUACUUAAUUAUUCUUGUCUGCUUCACAGCGGUAGUACCGAGAACGUACCGGGGUGUGAAACACAAAUUUGCCGGCAGAACAACACCAAAAGAGCGGCAAAGUGUUCACGUUUAUCGUUCAAAGAACGUCAAGUAUUUGUUAUUAUCCUGGCAACUGAUGACGAGGGAAAACUUCGAACGACUGAGGUAGCAUUAAAGCCGUUCAGGAAUAAUCGCCGUCUGUCGAGUCUCCAUGAAAUAUUUUCAGAGACUUGUCUUUGAAAAUAAAUAGAUUUGUCUGCUGGAAACAAUUAAUACUCCAACGAACAUAAUGGGAUACGUCGUUUAACUUGUGCGGGUUGACAACAACUGGGGCAAUUUGGGAGGACCUCUGGGUAAGUGGACACCGCAAGCGGCCCGUGUCCACAUCAGCGACAGAAGCCGGGGUGUCGACUUGAGAGUCUUCGGGUGGAAAAUCUCCAACACUAGAGCUACAGCGCUGACUAAAUAGCGUCGUACGAACAGGAGCUGCGCCGAUAUUUGACCAUUGGGAGCCGGGGGUUAUCCGGACAGAGACCUCAUGAAUGGAAAUCGGAACUUCAGGAGAUGUUGGGGCCCAGGCCCUGUUCUCAGUGCCGCGGAGGCCUGGCUUUGGCACCAUGGGGAAGCCUAUCAAGCUACUGGCCAACUGCUUCCAGGUGGAUAUCCCCAAGAUGGACGUCUACCUCUACGAAGUCGACAUCAAGCCCGAGAAGUGCCCGCGUCGCGUCAACAGGGAGGUGGUGGACUCCAUGGUGAAGCACUUCAAGGUGACCAUCUUUGGGGACCGAAGGCCAGUCUACGAUGGGAAAAGGAGCCUCUACACAGCCAACCCCCUACCAGUCGCCACAGCGGGGGUGGAUCUGGAUGUCACCCUGCCAGGGGAGGGGGGUAAGGAUCGCCCCUUCAAAGUGUCCAUCAAGUUUGUGUCGCUAGUCAGCUGGCACCUGCUGCACGAGGUCCUGAUGGGGCGCACCAUGCCUGAGCCCUUGGAGCUGGACAAGCCCAUCAGCACCAACCCUGUACACGCUGUAGAUGUGGUGCUGCGACACCUGCCUUCCAUGAAGUACACCCCAGUGGGGCGCUCCUUCUUCUCCUCCCCAGAGGGUUACGACCACCCCCUGGGCGGGGGUAGGGAGGUGUGGUUCGGCUUCCACCAGUCGGUGCGGCCCGCCAUGUGGAAGAUGAUGCUCAACAUUGACGUAUCAGCCACGGCGUUCUACAAGGCCCAGCCGGUGAUCCAGUUCAUGUGCGAGGUCCUGGACAUCCACAACAUAGAUGAGCAGCCCCGGCCCCUCACUGACUCCCACAGGGUCAAGUUCACCAAAGAGAUCAAAGGUCUGAAGGUGGAAGUGACCCACUGUGGGACGAUGCGGAGGAAGUACAGAGUGUGUAACGUGACUCGCCGUCCUGCCAGCCACCAGACGUUCCCCCUGCAGCUGGAGAAUGGUCAGACAGUGGAGCGCACGGUGGCCCAGUACUUCAGAGAGAAGUACAGCCUGCAGCUGAAGUACCCCCACCUCCCCUGCCUACAGGUGGGCCAGGAGCAGAAACACACCUACCUGCCCCUGGAGGUGUGCAACAUAGUAGCUGGCCAGCGCUGUAUAAAAAAACUGACUGAUAACCAGACGUCCACCAUGAUCAAAGCCACGGCCCGCUCUGCCCCGGACAGACAGGAGGAGAUCAGCAGGCUGGUGCGGAGUGCGAACUAUGAGGCGGACCCGUUCGUCCAGGAGUUUCAGUUCCGCGUGCGUGACGAGAUGGCUCAGGUGACGGGCCGUGUGCUGCCGGCCCCCGGGCUGCAGUACGGCGGCAGGGCAAGCUUGGAACACUUCAUGUCCCCGCAGAUGAACCCUGCGGUGUCAUUGCAGAACCGCACGGUGGCCACGCCCAGCCACGGCGUGUGGGACAUGAGGGGCAAACAGUUCCACACCGGGGUGGAGAUCAAGAUGUGGGCCAUCGCUUGCUUUGCCACACAGAGGCAGUGUCGUGAGGAGAUCCUCAAGGGUUUUACUGACCAGCUGCGUAAGAUCUCUAAGGAUGCUGGGAUGCCCAUCCAGGGCCAGCCAUGUUUCUGUAAGUACGCUCAGGGAUCAGACAGCGUAGAGCCCAUGUUCAGGCACCUGAAGAACACCUACGCUGGCCUGCAGCUCAUCAUCGUCAUCCUACCUGGGAAGACCCCAGUCUAUGCUGAGGUGAAGCGGGUUGGAGACACCCUCCUGGGCAUGGCCACUCAGUGUGUCCAGGUGAAGAACGUGGUGAAGACAUCUCCUCAGACCCUCUCCAACCUCUGCCUCAAGAUCAACGUCAAACUGGGGGGCAUCAACAACAUCCUGGUGCCACACCAACGUCCCUCCGUGUUCCAGCAGCCUGUUAUCUUCCUGGGGGCCGACGUCACUCAUCCUCCAGCCGGAGACGGAAAGAAGCCAUCCAUCGCAGCGGUGGUGGGCAGUAUGGACGCCCACCCCAGCAGGUACUGUGCCACAGUGAGGGUCCAGAGACCCAGACAGGAGGUGAUCCAGGACCUGGCCUCCAUGGUGCGGGAGCUCCUCAUCCAGUUCUACAAGUCUACCCGCUACAAACCAACCAGAAUCAUAUUUUAUAGGGAUGGUGUGUCAGAGGGACAAUUCAGACAGGUGCUGUACUAUGAGCUGCUGGCCAUCAGAGAAGCCUGUAUCAUGUUGGAAAAAGAGUACCAGCCGGGCAUCACCUACAUUGUGGUGCAGAAGCGCCAUCACACACGCCUUUUCUGUGCCGACCGCAACGAGCGGGUUGGACGGAGUGGUAACAUUCCUGCAGGCACCACUGUGGACACAGAUAUAACCCACCCCUAUGAGUUUGACUUUUACCUCUGCAGCCAUGCAGGAAUACAGGGUACAAGCAGACCUUCCCACUACCAUGUUCUGUGGGAUGACAACUGCUUCACGGCUGACGAGUUCCAGCUGCUCACCUACCAGCUGUGCCACACCUACGUCCGCUGCACCCGCUCAGUCUCCAUCCCCGCGCCAGCCUACUACGCCCACCUGGUGGCCUUCCGCGCCCGCUACCACCUGGUGGACAAAGAACAUGACAGUGCGGAGGGCAGCCAUGUCUCGGGGCAGAGUAAUGGCCGAGACCCCACAGCCCUCGCCAAGGCUGUUCAGAUUCAUCACGACACACUGAGGACCAUGUACUUCGCCUGAGGAUGGGGUGUUGGGAGGGGUAUUCUGUCAGCCUUGUUGGUCUCACAUUGGACCCUGGGCUGGCACAGCUCUGGUCCUGACAAGGGGAUGCCAAGCUGCUAAAGACAACAACUACAACAACAACAGCCAGAGGGGAGUACAGAAACGUUAUGCAAUACGAAACCAGCCAAUCCUCUCCCGGCCUGUUCUCUUCUGCUGUGUUUUUAAUUCAUUAUGGAUUGUCUCUGAUAUUGCUCCUUGAACUGUGCAAGUCAUGUCCUCGCCUUACAGGUUUGACAGCAGCUCAACUUUUGCUUUGUGUUACUUUUAAAAGGCCAGAGUGUAGAAGACAAGACAGGGGAAUUGAUAAGGAUGGUUUCAGGGUGUGGGGAUAUAGCAGGUCCAGUGAUGAUCAGUCUUGUUCCUCAACACGGUGAUGAAUGAUAUGCUGACUUGUCUAUCCAUGGGGUUCAAUUGUAUAAGUUGUCCUCUUUACAUGUCUCCGUCAGCUUGUCGUUGUAUGUGCGUCUUCUUAUGUUCUGUAGAAGUCUGAUUGCCAUGAUGAUGCCUGUUAAUCAAGAACGCCCGUGAAUCACAGCUAUGCCAUUUUUCAUACGGCAAGCUGCUAGCCCAGUUACUCUACUCUCUCUAAGCCAAUGGUGACUUACUUGUAGUCAUUGCGCCAGUCAAAGUUUAACACUGCAUUCUCUAUCAAUAUCAACAGAGUUUUUAUUUUAUUUUUUACAUACAGCCACAGGCAUUGUUUUAGGGAUUACCUGUUAGGUACUGUUAGAAUAUCAAUCCUAGCCACAUCAUGGACCUACUCAGAACCUUUACAGAGUUCACUGUGGUAGCUACAGAUUUCACUUUUAUUCCUGCUAUUUUAUGAGAUUAGUCUUAUUUAACAUUAAUUUUCAGCAAUAGAACACUGUUAGUUUGUCUGUCAAUGACCGAAGAGGUUUUUCACAUUUUUAACUAAGGAACUGAUGAUGUCAUGCAAUCCUUAAGUGCAAUAAGUCGUUAAUGCAGAAAACAGGUCCUAUGGUUAACAUACCAAUUUGAUAUUUUUGGGCCAUUAUGAUCGGACAUGGGCAAGUUGUAACGGAUAAAGAAUGUAAACUGGGCCAAGAAUUGAUGCCAUAAAAUUGUUAUGUGGGGGUGACAAAUGACAAAGUUAUUUUGUAAAUUGGGUGAAUGACAAAGUGCCUGUUUUGGGUGUAAAGAAGAAUUUGAAAGACAAAGGGUGUAUUUCUUUUCGUUAGAGCUCCUGUGAGAUUAGUUAGUUGGUUUAGUUAUACAGUCAAAUUAUUUCAUCCAAGCAUUACUGUAAGCAUGAUAUGUUGCCCAGGACUGUCUGGGGUUAGAGAGCAGAGCGGGUGUGGCUGCAUUGAUUCAGUUUCAUGAUUUAGUUUUUAAUGUGAAUUAUUAUUGAGUAUGUAGACUGACCAAUUGAAGGUGGGGACAGUUAGCUAACGGAUCUGUCUCAUUCAUUUUAACACUGGUGGUAGAAUUCAUUUUGCACUGUUAAAAGUAAGCAUUCAUAUUUCAGAGUUUUAUCAAGCCAUUUUGUCACAUUUGUAUUUGAAGGGCAUUGUCUCUCCAUUUGCCUUGCUGUGAAGUAUCCUCCAGGUGAGGCUUUUGAGUUUCGUCUCGUUCCACUUGGACCAAACCAACGUGCCUGGGGUCAUCUGCUUGGGGAAUGGAUGGUAUGGGCCUUGUCUGACUGGGAUACAGUUGAUCCCUGCUCUCACUGCCUUUGCAAAAGAAGCAGCCGCGUUGUAGCAUGGCCAACGUUUUGCCGCACUCAUUGUCCUAUAGCCACGUGUUACCAGAACAAAACUAGCUGCUAUACUACAUUUUUUUAUUUUGUUCAUAUAUAUUUGUACAAAGAGACUAUAAGAAUGACAAUUUACUGCACUUAAAGAUGCAUGUGUUUCAGGUGAGACACAUGCCCUGGUGCUGAGAGAUGCAGUUUGUUGUGUGGGGGGGGGGGGGGGGGGGUUUAGUAGACAGACCGCCUCUGUUGUAGUCAGAGAUUGAGAUUCAUUGGGUGUUUUUCAAGGAUCAGGAGUAACAAUAGAGUACUCUCUCACUCUGAUACAGGGGACAUACUUUAAUUCCCAGAGGGUACGAUUGUUUAGUAACAUGGUUUACACCGGUUUGUGGACAUCAAUACAGCUCCGCCCCUGGGGUUUGUGCGAAAUGUCACAGCUAAAAUUGUUACUUUCUUGCAAGAUGUCAGACAUUACCAGCAUUUGAUUUUACUUGAACAGCAUAGGUAGGAUCUGAUUAACUGCAACUGUGGGCUAAUGUGUAACUGCCCUGCUUGUGUGAAUAAUUUAAGUCUGUACAGCAGUAGUACAGGAAGGAAUUCGCUCUACACUCACGUUGCCACGGAAUCGACCUCUAGAGCCAGUGGGUCGGGUUUUGCAUCUAGGAGGCAGAGCAUUUUGAGCUUGUGCUGCGUUCGGAACCAAGUGGGAGGUGGGAAUUUACCAGUUGUGAAGUUAUAAAUACCAUUUGGAAGCAUUCACACACUUUGAACUCAUUGAGAAAUGCCGAUUUUUGUCUAAUGUCCAACAAGCUGCGUAAACCAUAAACUGAAAGUACAGCUACACUACAUGACCAAAAUUAUGUGGACACCAGAUCGUCAAACAUCUCUUUCCAAAAUCAUGGGCAUUAAUAUGAAGUUUGGCCUCCCUUUGCUGCCAUAACAGCCUCCACUCUUCUGGGAAGGCUUUCCACCUAAUGUUGGAACAUUGCUGAGGGGACUUGCUUCCAUUCAGCCACAAGCAUUAGUGAAGUCUGCAUUAGUGAAGUCGGGCACUGAUGUUGGGCGAUUAGGCCGAUCGCGAAAAAACAUUUCAGUAUGGACCUCGCUUUGUGCACGGGGUCAUUGUCAUGCUGAAACAAAAGGGCCUUCCCUAAACUAUUUCCAUGAAGUUGGAAGCAUAGAAUCGACUAAAAUAUCAUUGUAUGCUGUAGCAUUAAGAUUUCCCUUCACUGGAACUAAGGGGCCUGGCCCGAACCAAGAAAAACAGCCCCAGGCCAUUAUUCCUCCUCCACCAAACUUUACAGUUGGCACUAUGCAUUCAGGCAGGUAGCAUUCUCCUGGCAUACGCCAAACCCAGAUUCGUCCGUUGGACUGCUAGGUGGUGAAGCGCGAUUCAUCACUCCAGAGAACACGUUUCCACUGCUCCAGAGUCCAAUGGCAGCGAGCUUUACACCACUCCAGCUGACGCUUGGCAUUGAGCAUGGUGAUCUUAGGUUUGUGUGCGGCUGCUCGGCCAUGGAAACCCAUUUAAUGAAGCUCCUGACGAACAGUUCUUGUGCUGACGUUGCUUCCAGAGGCAGUUUGGAACUCGGUAGUGAGUGUUGCAAUUGAGGACAGACUAUUUUUACACGCUACGCACUUCAGCGCACGGUUGUCCCGUUCUGUGAGCUUGUGUGGCCUACCACUUCGUGGCUGAGUCGUUGUUGCUCCUAGGCAUUUCUACUUCACAAUAAUAGCACUUAUAGUUCACCAGAGCAGCUCUAGCAGUGAAGAAAUAUUAUGAACUGACUUGUUGGAAAGGUGGCAUCCUAUGACGGUGCCACAUUGAAAGUCACUGAGCUUUUCAGUAAGGCCAUUCUACUGCCAAUGUUUGUCUAUGGAGAUUCCAUGGCGGUGUGCAUGAUUUUAUACACCUGUCAGCAAUGGGUGUGGCUGAAAUAUCCAAAUCCACUCAUUUGAAGGGGUGGCCACAUACCUUUUGUGUAUAUAUAAUGGAUCAUGUUUGCAAACAAAUUAUAGUGUUCAAAAACCAUAUUAAUUGAUUUUUUUUAAAUUAUCUUUUGUUGCAUUUAUCUACCAAAAAAUGCUGUAAUGAAGGUAAUUUCCUUAGUAGGUGAUGUCAGAGGUCACCAUGUCGGAGAUCGGGAUGAUAGAUGAGUUUCACACUAGUAAUUACUAGUUGGAGGGCCAUUCCAGUGGACUUUUCCCAGUCGUAUGUAGUAAAUUCCCAUUUGGUUACGAACGCAGCAUCAUUGAGGCAGGGGGGUAAUACAGGGCUUCCGUUUCAAAUGACACUCUAUUCCCUAUAUAAUGCACUACUUUUGACCAGGACCCAUAGGCCUCUUGGCAAAAAUAGUGCACUAUAGGGAGUAGGGUUGCAGUUGAGGUUGAACCAGGCUCCUUCAUGUGAUGCCCUCCCCCCUCUAAAAGCUGAACAUCAGAUGCCUUCUUUCGUUAUUCUAAUGCAUUUUUAAUUCUGAAAUGGAGAUAUAUUUGUAUAUUUAAAAUAUGUAAUAAUAUAAUGAGCCACUUAUUUUUGCUAAUCAAUUCUAGAAAAAUAGAACAAUAAUGAUGAUAAUAAUGAAAUAAAGACCAUAGUGAUAUAGUCACUAAUAAUAAUCCAAAUGUAAUAAUUCAAUAGACUGUUGUUUAUUUCCUGGUUGCUAAAAUUCUAGUAGUUCCUCUAAUUUCAGUUUGUGACAAAACAAGCAAGAGAAUCAUUGUACCAUCUAAACUGCUGUGAAAUAUCUUUUUAAUAACCAAAAAUAAAAAUAUUGUAUUUUUGGCUUUUUUAAGCUGGUGUACAAAACCGAAAGUAAACCUGAAACUUAAGAACAGGAAGCCUAGAAAAGCGCACAUAGAAUAGAUCAAACGCUUCUUAGACUUGCUUUCAAUGAGAGUGACAGAUCUAUAACUCACAUUUCUAUGUGCAUUUGGUCGGGUCGCCAAUGAAGUUACAUAUUGCAGCUUUUAAAGCAAAGUGUGUCAUAUUGAAGCUACAUCUGCUGCAUUUAAAUGACCUGUGUGGGGGGGGCUUGUUUUUUUGUGGCAGCUGUUGUCGUGUGACUGAUUGGAUGAACCUCCUGCUAUUUCCCAUCACCCUCUUCUCUGUUUAUUGAACUAACAAUCUCUGGAGAGUAGCCUAGCUUCUAUUCAGUAGGUUCCAUUCAUCUCAUAGAGCCUGGUCUUCUAGAACCUGUAGUGAAUGUGACCUACAUUUUGAUUGUUGAUUUCCUCCAAAACAUUUGACUGUGUGCAUCCCUCAAAGUUUUUCAUGUGGAAGGGAGUGAAGGUUUUAUCCUUGGACAGAAUAGUCUGUAGACUGUGCCUUUUCCUGAUGGUGCUGAAAACAAGUAAAUCAAAGAGAUCUUACUUUCAAAACAUUGAGGGCAAUAUGCCUAAGUCUACAUUGAUACAUAUAUAUUGAUACAUGACAAUUUUGUGUGUGUGUGUGGGGGGGGGGGGGGGGGGUCUGUUUGUGACAUUGACAUACAGUAUAAGAACACAAUAAUAUGCAGAACCAACCAGUUUUGAGGUGUCAGGACCAAAAAUGCUUAUGGGGAUGGUAAGGUAGGCAGGCACUCGCAUGGUACAACCAAAAAAGUUGCAUUUAAUAACUGGGCAUGACACUAUAGUGGAUAUUUUAGACUGCCACCCUCCUGUGGAAUACAGUUUACUGUAAUGCAUGGGAUUUCCACCCCUGGUUCCCUUUGUUUAAACCUUCAGUAGAUAGAUGUUCAGUGAUGGUGUUCUACCCAAAGUGAACAGCAAUAAACAAAGUGAUCUUUAGGCUCUGAGCAACUAGCUGUUGGGGUUACGCCAGGGGGUUCUUCCCAAAUGGCACCAUAUUCCUUAUAUAGGGCACUACUUUUGAACAGAGUACCUCUUCUUUUGAAUUACUAUCCUGUGAGAGCCACUUGCAUACCAUUUGCAACAUGUUGAUGCUAAAUUCUUUCAAACACCUAUGGUUAUGUCCCAAGUAGCACCCUAAUUCUCUUUUAUAGUGCACUAUAAAGUCUCUGAUCAAAAGUAGUGCACUAGAUGGAUGGAUGGAUGGAUGGAUGGAAUAGUGCCAUUUGGGAAGUAACUGGUGAACCCAACCAUUUAUUCCAGGCCUAAACAAAAAUGCAUUAUAUUUGUUUAGAACCACUGCUCUUGCAUGUAUACAUUUUUUUCUCAAGAUCUUACAGCUAGAGGUUUACAGACAGAACAACAUGCAGUUGUGCCACAAGAAUGCCUGCUUGCCUACGAAAGGAUUCCUCCGAAAAUCUCCAAACCCUGCACCUCUUAUUGUGGUUGGCUGCAUAUCAUACUUAUUAAUAAGAUGCAAAUGACAAAUUGCUUUGGUAACAAUAUGCAAAAAAAAAAUGCAAAUACCUUUUUUUGUCUUUGUCUGAUCCUGUUUAGCCUUUUUAUUUGGUUGUCAUAUGUAAUAGUUUUAAUUAAAACAAUGUAUGAAA